CCCUAGCAAUCUCCUCCAGGAGGCAGGCAUAUAUGCACCUUUUUCCCGGCAGCAAUCAAGCGCACAUAUACCGCCAACGAAAUUUUCAACAGCACCUCGCGCAGCCUCGUCGCCGAACUUCCCGUCGACUACAGCAUCCCGCUGAUAGCAUUCCAACUUCAUUGCCGUCUGAUAGCCGGCGAGAAAGGCGACUGAUCUCGCCGCCUGAGAAUGUCGGCGGCCAAAUCGAAAGCUCCGAAAUUGAAUCGUCCGGGUGCGAGCUCUAGCUCGAAGAUCUGGUUCUUUUCGCUGCUCCUCACCAUCCAGUACGGCGUUCAGCCGCUCAUCUCCAAACGCUUUGUCAGCCGAAACGUGAUUGUGACAUCAUCUGUUUUAGCAUGUGAGGUAGUCAAGAUUACUAGUGCUUUUAUUAUCAUAGCAAAGCAAGGCAAUCUGAAGAAACUAUACAAAAAUUGGACUUUGGUUGGCUCGUUGACUGCCUCUGGACUACCUGCCGCUAUAUAUGCGCUUCAGAAUAGCUUGUUGCAGAUUUCAUACCGAAAUCUUGAUUCACUCACAUUUUCAAUCCUGAACCAAACAAAGCUGUUUUUCACUGCAUUGUUUACAUUUUUCAUAUUGAGGCAGAAGCAAUCUAUUCAACAAAUCGGGGCUCUUUUCUUGUUGAUCAUUGCAGCUGUCCUUUUAAGUAUUGGAGAAGGCUCCAGCAAUGCAUUUGCUUCUGUACUGUCUGGACUAGCUUCUGCAUUGUGUCAAUGGGCCUCUCAGGUCAAAAAACACAGUUCUUACAUGAUGACAAUAGAGAUGUCCAUAAUUGGAAGCCUUUGCAUGAUAGCUAGUUCUUUCAAGUCUCCAGAUGGAGAAGCUAUCAGACGUCAUGGAUUCUUCUAUGCAUGGACUCCAUUAACAUUGAUCCCUGUCACAAUCAAUGCAAUUGGUGGAAUUCUUGUUGGUCUUGUGACCUCCUAUGCUGGUGGUGUACGGAAGGGUUUUGUCAUGGUUUCUGCCCUUCUGGUGACUGCUCUACUGCAGUUCAUCUUUGAUGGCAAACCUCCUUCAGUGUACUGCCUCAUAGCACUUCCACUGGUCAUGACCAGCAUCUCUAUUUACCAAAAAUACCCCUACCGUCUCCAGAAGAAGGAAUUGUGAAUGUACAAAUAUCGUGGCUGCAGGGAAUUUCUUUGUGUACGUAUAUUGCCGUCACCAUACUUCAAAUGCUUCUGAAUUUACUAACACACAUAGAGAGCUUAGUGUUUCUAGCUCUGUCGUACAACCAAGCAAAGAUUUUACCUUUUACAAACCUGGGAACUGAUUGAUACUCCCAUUUAUCAAUGGUAAUUUUGUCUUUAUACCAACCUGUAAACUGGUGGUGAAUAAUCCAUUAGAGUAUAUGGUUACAGUUUGAUACAAGUACAUAUCUCUCUCAUUACAUGCAACAUACACACUCUAACUAUGCUUUUAUAAGGUUAGUAAUUUAUAAACGCUUUGUAUUGAG